GAGCGCGAGAGGGAGGGAGGGAGAUUGGGCAGUGCUGAACCGUACACACACACACAGACUGCAGCGCAGUGUGGAACGACCAACAGUGGAUCCUCUGACUGAGAUGAUGAUGAUAACCCUGACCCAGUGAAGAUUUUGAACCCAAGCUGCUGGACAGGAUCACAGAGGGAAUCGUAGUUAACUGAUCCAUUGGAAUUAAACAUACAGGAGUAUGUUUCUCACUGAACGAUUCCCUUGUAGUUGGAGAAUGUUAAAAGCAGUCAGGUAUCCAGCUAUUGGUCAGCUAAAGUCUGCUCACAGAUUUUGAGCCGUCAGGCUCCUACAGCCCAACAGGAAUGAUGCUGAAAUUCAUCACCAGCCUCCUGGUCCUGGCCAGUUUCGCAGCAGCUGAAGCAGCUUCUCCAAAACCAAGCACCAGCCCACAUGCCAAGAGAGGGGGGCCCAGUCAACGGGCCAAGCCCUCCCCAGAGGGUCCAGGGACCAGCGGCUGUACCUACACCUUCAUUGUCCCACAGCAACACCUGACAGGUCCCAUCUGCCUCAACACCAGGAGCCCAGUGUCCCACAACAGCAUCAACCAGAGCGAGCUGCAGGUCAUGCACCAGGAGAUGAGGGAACAGCAGCAACAAAUUGAGGACCUGAGGCAAAUGGUGGAAGUAGACGGGAGUGUGCUCAAUGAGGUGAAGAUCCUGCGGAAGGAAAACCACAACAUGAACUCCAGAGUGUCUCAACUCUAUACCCAGUUACUGCACGAGAUCAUUCAGAAGAAGGAUAACUCCCUAGAGUUUUCCCAACUGGAGAACAAGGUGCUGAAUGUCACAGCCCAGGUGCUGAGGCUAUCGAGCAAGUACAAGGAGCUGGAGCGCAAGUACACAGCCCUCAGCUUGAUCCUGAACAACCAGAGCCACACUCUCAGCGAGCUGGAGCAACUGUGCACAGUGCACUGUCUGGGACACCAGCAGCAGCUCAAACAGGCACCAGGAGAGCCACCACUCGUGGCUGUGAUACCCAACAGCCUGAAUAGCAGCAACAACAGGAGCAAGAGCUUGGUCUCUGGCAAUGAAAUACUGAAGGAUCAGGUCUACAGUAUGGCACAGGACAGGCUGAAGAGAACAGAGCAGCCUCCACCCACUACAAUCCCAAUGGUGACAACCAAAACAGCUGGUCCCUGGAAAGAUUGUCUCCAGGCUUUGGAAGAUGGUCAUCAAUCCAAUGGGAUCUACUUAAUCAAACCAACCACUAUUAGCCGGCUGAUGCAGGUCUGGUGUGAACAUGAGGAAGGUCCAGGUGGCUGGACUGUCAUCCAGAGACGACAAGAUGGCUCGGUCAAUUUCUUCAGGAGCUGGGAGAGUUACAAGCAAGGUUUUGGGAACAUUGAUGGUGAAUACUGGCUGGGUUUGGAGAACAUCUACUGGCUGACCAAUCAGGAUAACUACAAGCUGCGAAUCCUAAUGGAUGAUUGGCAAGGCAGGAGAGUGUUUGCAGAGUACGACGAUUUCCGUGUGGAAGCAGAGGGAGACUUCUACAGGUUGCGGUUAGGCCAUUACCACGGGAAUGCCGGAGAUUCCUUCUCCUGGCACAACGGCAAGCAGUUCACCACCCUGGACAGGGAUCGGGAUCUGUACUCAGGUAACUGUGCCCACUACCAGAAAGGAGGCUGGUGGUAUUACACCUGCGCCCACUCAAAUCUGAAUGGAGUGUGGUAUAAAGGAGGUCACUACCGCAGCAAGUACCAGGAUGGUGUUUACUGGGCAGAAUUCCGCGGUGGGGCCUACUCUUUGAAGAGAGUGGUGAUGAUGAUAUGUCCAAACCAGAUACUGCUGUAAUCUAUACUCUCUGCUUUACAACCAGAACUCGUGUCACAUUUCCCACAUGUUAGCAUCAGCCAUCUUUUAAUCACAAUUUCACAUAUCGUGUUACACAAUCACUAUUGUAUAAGCAAAGUUUCAGACAACAGAACUACCUACUUAGAGUAUAAUAUGGCUUGAUGGGCUUAAAGCAGACCCAAAGCUGUUUCUUCUGUUCUGUAGUUCAGACUGAAUGGUCCUGAGGACAAUAAUGAUGUUGGUUAAGGGACAGAGCUCAUAAUAUUCACCAGAUCCCAUUCCAGCCUCUCGUGUCGCCUCCCCCCUCCCCUCCCUCCCUCCUGCAGGGAUCCUCGUAGAAGUUACUCUAGACAAGAAACAAACCAAACUAUUCUAAUAUCACUCAAUUUAAUACAACAGUUCAGUGCAUCCCAGGUGUUUAAAAAAUAGCUGCUGUGUCUUUUCAGUGAAUUGUAGAAAUUAAAAUUUCAUGAAAAGCAGCAGCUAUCUUAGAAAUGUCAGGAUAAUGAGAAACUAAAAUGCCUUAUUUCCUGGUUCACAGAGACAGACAGAACUAUGCACACACUGUCAGGGUGCAAGAAGCAAAUUGGAUGGUCUUCAUGCAGGUUAAAGUGAACACAGCUGCCAAAGCAGAGGACUGCUCCCCAGUCCCACACUGACUGGGGUCACUGAGGUGUGAGGUGAGAGUGGUACAUGGAGGGGCACCCUCUGUGGGUUGGCAGGGGGUGAGGGGUUUAUAUGAUUGGUGGUUUUACCCUGUAGACAGAUUUGCUACACCUCCCUCCAUGUGUCUGAUGUGGAGACUGGGUGUGCAAUGACAGAACGGGUCUUGUUCUCUGGGCCAGCAUCCCACGCCUCAAACACCAAAAGACAAGUCCCCAGGACAGAUGAACAGAACAUUACGGUAAACAUCUACAACCAACACAUGGGGCUGAUUUCAAACCCAUAACCUCUGUGGGAUGUCAGUGGGGACAAUUAUCUGAAAUUAAAUAUUGGCAUCACAUCCACAAGCAUCCACUACCGAUGCUCAGUGCACACUGCGGUUACUAUCUACAUGGUGCACAGUAGAAAUUCACCAAAGAUCCUCAGGCAGCACCUUCCAAACCCAUACCUGCUUCCAUCUAGAAGGACCAGGGGCAGCAGACACACAGGAACACCACCCCCUGCAAGUUCCCCUCCGAGGCACUCACCAUCCUGACUUGGAAAUAUAUCACCGUUCCUUGUGUUGCUGGGUCAAAAUUGUGGAAUCCCUCCCUAACAGCAUUGUGGGUCAUCCCACAGCACACGGACUGCCUUUUCAAGGGGCAACUAGGGACAGGCAAUACGUGCUGGCUCAGCCAGUGAUGCCCACGUCCCCCAGAGUGAAUUAGAAAAAAUUAGCAACACAGGAAUAGUGGGAAGCCAUUCAGGCCUGCGACCUGUUCUUGUGUCCAAUGAGAUUGUAGCUGAUGGAUAACCCAAAUUCCACACGCCCCUCAAGGCCCUCCCCAAAGCAACCUUCAUCAGUCUGAGUUUUGACUUGAGACUACAGCCUCAGCAGCUUUCUGUGAAGGACAGCUCGAGAUUUAUACUGCCUGUGUGUCAGGCAGUGCUUCCUGUCAUCACCAGUUAAUUAUGCAGGCUUGAAUUUUAAAAUUCUGUCCCCUGUCCUGCUCCAGCCCACCCCCACCCCCACCACAACACAGCCUCAGGAGGAGGUCAUUUCUAUCCUGACCCGAUCAGAUCUUUGAAUGCUAUUAAACACUUUAACUACACCACCUCUUCAUCUUCUAUGCUCAGGAGAUACAUGUCCAAGUCCAUAUCAUUUAUCUUCAAUUUUAACUUUUUUUUAAAAUAUCUCCAGUAUGACUUCAGUCAGUUAACCAUUAGUGUCUGUAUUCAGAAUCCUGGUACUUACAAUCCACAAUCUAGGGCUUCACAGGGUAUAUACAACACAUACAGGCCAUUCAGCCCAACCACUGAAGGCUGGCACUGAUGAUCUCCUCAACCCUGCUCCAAAUCUCAGUGUAACUCUCUACCCGCCUCUCCCUCAAACAUUCCUUUAGUUCCAUUAAAUAAAUCAGUGUUAUUCACUCCAAUCUCUCCCUAUGGGAGUAGGUUCCACAUUCUCACCUCUGUCCAAGUGGACUUCUUGGCGAAUAUCAUACCGACUUCCUCCAAUUCUGUUCUUUCCCACAAGAGGAAUAUUUUAUGUUUUAAAACCUUUAAUGAUUUUUAAGGACCUUCAUUAGGUCACCUUCUGUUUUCAAGGAGAGAAUUGGCCGCUGUCAAUCGUUUCCUGAUGUACUCACUCAUGUUUCUGGUUUCAUGCUUAGAAACAUCCAGGGCACCCUCUCCAGUGCCUCUACGUACACUUUAUAAAAAUGACAACCAGAACUGCACAUGGUACUCUCUGCACUCCCUGCAUUCCUCCACUUCACACUUUUCCCACUGUACACUCCUCAGCCUGACCUGGCUCAAACAGACAGCAACGCUGGCUCUUGUACCUCCUGAACAGGCCAGCAGGAGGCGAUCACAAUUCAGCUUGCAGUGGUUCAUCAUUUCCAACCCGUCCCUCUUCUCAUGAGUAAUGAAAUUCACCGAGACCAUCAUUCUGUGUGGGAACCCAUCAGAACAAUCAAAUUCCCUAGGUUAGAUCAUUUUCUUUAAACUAAACAUGGCCCUGCUAUUUCCUAGAAAACUGACCCUGAACUAGAUGCAUUCUCAUCGUAGAUAUGAAUCCAUUAACUCUAUGUUUUUGCUUACACUUCUGAGCGCUAGAAAAACCACUGUAAAUAUCAGAAUAAAUAAACCACUUUCUGCUGUAAUAUACUAUAGUUCCAUUGUGGAUCAGUGAGAUAUUGGAUAGUCUUAGUGUAUGUGUUGACCACAGCGUCCAAAUCAACACAGAGUCCAUUUUGGGUAAAAUCAGAACUACAUGGAGAGAGAAACAGCUUCCAGUCACUGCUCACUGUCACACCCAAUUGCUCAUCAUUGGAAAGAGCGGGUUGGAUUUUCAUUCAAUCUCAGGAUAGCGGGAAUUAAAGAGCAGAAAAAAGCGCUGGGUUUUGGGAGGAGAUGUGCAAAUAAAUAUAAAAGAUGCAGGAGCAGACUGAGACAGUCACCACUUUAUAUGCACCGUCCACCGUCCACCGUCAGCCAAAUCCCUAUCAUCAGUUCUCUCUGCGCUUGUGAAUUACGUGAUGCCUCUCUGUCGAUUGGCAUGAAUCCUCCUUCAAAGACAAUGUGGAGUUUUAAACUUUUAUUGAUGUCCCUCGCACCAUUCUGUAUCAGAAUCUGGAAGAUGCCAUGCUGCUGAUUGCAGCCAGGGUGAAGGGGUGGUCAAUGUUGUCCAUGAACUGGAAGACCCUCACAGCAGGAAAUGUGACUGCUCCACCUUAUUCCCAUCAUUUCUCCACAGAUCUUAAACUAAACCGUAUGGCCAACAUUACAAUGUGGAAAUAAUAAACUAACUAAUUGUGGAUGAGAAGAUUGUUAGUUAUUAGGAACCUCCCACUAAGAGUUUCAAAGCUGGUCAUUUCUUUGACUCAUUGAAGACUUUCACACAUCAGUAAAAUUGAUGUAACGAAGUUUAGAUAAAAUACCAUCUCCAAAUUAAAACUGUUCACCAGU